UCGCGGGCGGGCCUGGGGCGUGCGCCGUUCCCCUCCCCUCGGGUCUCGGAAGUCCGUGCCAGCGACCGAGGCGGCGGCGGCGAGCUGGUCCUGUGGCCUGGAAAAAUCCUGCAAAAAUGUCUCUGUACCCAUCUCUUGAAGACCUGAAGGUAGACAAAGUAAUUCAGGCUCAAACUGCCUUUUCUGCAAACCCUGCCAACCCAGCAAUUUUGUCUGAAGCUUCUGCUCCUCCCAUCUCUCAAGAUGGAAAUCUCUAUCCUAAACUGUAUCCGGAGCUCUCUCAGUACAUGGGCCUGAGUUUAAACGAAGAAGAAGUACGUGCAAAUAUGGCCAUGGUCACUGGAGCACCAGUUCAGGGGCAGUUGGUAGCAAGACCUUCCAGUAUGAACUAUAUGGUGGCUCCUGUAACUGGUAAUGAUGUUGGAAUUCGUAGAGCAGAAAUUAAGCAAGGGAUUCGUGAAGUCAUUCUGUGUAAGGAUCAAGAUGGAAAAAUUGGGCUCAGGCUUAAAUCAAUAGAUAAUGGUGUAUUUGUUCAGCUAGUCCAGGCAAAUUCUCCAGCCUCUUUGGUGGGUCUGCGAUUUGGGGACCAGGUACUCCAGAUCAACGGGGAAAACUGUGCAGGCUGGAGCUCUGAUAAGUCACACAAGGUGCUCAAACAGGCUUUUGGCGAGAAGAUUACUAUGACUAUUCGUGACAGGCCCUUCGAACGGACAAUUACCAUGCAUAAGGAUAGUACUGGACAUGUUGGCUUUAUCUUUAAAAAUGGAAAGAUAACAUCCAUAGUGAAAGAUAGUUCUGCAGCCAGAAACGGUCUUCUCACUGAACAUAAUAUAUGUGAAAUCAAUGGACAGAAUGUCAUUGGAUUGAAGGACUCUCAAAUUGCAGACAUACUGUCAACAUCUGGGACUGUAGUUACUAUUACAAUCAUGCCUGCUUUUAUCUUUGAACAUAUUAUUAAACGGAUGGCACCAAGCAUUAUGAAAAGCCUGAUGGAUCACACCAUUCCUGAGGUUUAAAAGUCAUGGCACAAUGGAAACUUCGCUGAACUCCAGUUUACUUCUUUGGCAACUUAACUUUCUAUUAUGCACAUGAAGCUUUCUAGGAGCCAGAGAGCAUAUGCUGCAUGAGGACCUUUCUGUCUUACAUUAUGGCUGGGAAUCUCACUGUUUGAUCUGAUACCUUGUUCAGACUUCAGGAUAGUUGUAUAGCCUUAUCCUGGUUUUACAAAUGUGAAACUUUGAAAAAAUUUAUUGACUUUCAUAGAACAGUUUCUUUACUGGAAACCCGAUGCUUUUACAAGCCAUUAUGAUUAGGAUGACUGAUAGAGGCUUAGCUUUGUGUUAGAACCAGUUACCUUUAUCCUAGAGAUCAAGUAGCACUGUUUAAUUACUUUAGUUCUAUGGUAUAUUUGCAUUUUUACUGUGUUACCACAGUAUAUUUAGAAUGAUUGCUUUUGAUAGUUUUUCCCUUUUUUUUUUUUUUAGUGCUCUGUGUGUAUGUGUGUAAAACACCAAUUAAGUAACACUGGUUUCAUUCCACGUAAGCAUUAUACAGUGUAUGUAGGUUGCAAGAGAUUGUGUUAUCACUAAAUUUUAACUACCUUCACUUAAUAUGCUUAAACUGUCGCCUUAACUAUGCUAAGCAUCUAGAAUAAAAGCCAAAAUAUAACUAUUGCUGCCUUUAUAAAACCCAGAAUGCAGUUCUGUAUUAAACUGAAACGUACAGCAGCCCAGAACAUUUACUGGGACAUAGUGAGCUAUAGCAUAGCUGCUUAGUGGCAUUUGAGAUUUUCUAGUCAUUGUGUAAUGGAAACUUCUUUCUUCUAAAAGUUACUGGUAUCACUUUCUGAGAAAUGAAUCACUAUAUAUUUAAUGUAAAAAUUCUUAUAGUAAAUAGGAUAAACUUUUGACUCCCUUCUUUCAUUUGUAGAUUAAGUGGGAUAAUACCUAAUUGUGGCAUUUUUACUCUUAGCAUUAUGUAACCUAGCUACUUUGGGAUGGUCUCAGAAUGUUUCCCUGGUAAUUUGUUACAUUUCCUGACUCCUCCCUGCAAACAAAAUGGCAGUGACAUUUUAUCCUGAUUUUUUCUUAUUUUUGGUUUAUGUCUAUUCUAUUUUAAUUAAAUAUAUAUAAAUAAAGUUAAA